GGUGCGCAGACGACAACAAUCGCACAGAACGACGAGCGGUGUUAUGGAUAUUCACUUGUGAUCUGUGGAAUACGCGUGGAAACGUCCUCAUUCCGAACUUUGGCAGCAAAGCAAAUUUCUGAUAUACCCAUGGGACCCAGAGGAUGAAGCCUCAACAGUGUGUUGGCGUUAUCACACGUCCAUCUUCCUGGUCGCUUUCUUGGACUUGGAUCAGAUAUCUGCAUGUUUGAAUCGAUGCUCUGCAAUGGAACCCUGGCCUACGGUGGCCUGGGUGAUAAUCCUGAUGGUCAUCGCUAACUGGAUGAAAACUGCACAUACAAGGGACUUUACUGAAAAUGACAUUAUCUUCCUUCACCCAUCAACCACUCCAUACCCUGGCGGAUUCAAAUGCUUUACUUGUGAGGAUGCACCAGACAACUAUGAGUGCAACCGCUGGGCACCGGAUCUAUAUUGCCCGAAAGAUGCAAGAUAUUGCUUCACACAGCACAGGAUAAAUCUGGAUGGCAACACCGUGGCUGUGACAAAGCGUUGUGUGGCCCUCAGUGACUGUCUUUCGACUGGAUGCACUGACGUUGACCAUGAAGGACACAGGACGUGCACCGCUUGCUGUGAGGGGAACAUCUGUAACCUGCCAAUUCCCCGAAAUGAGUCAGAUGCCGUCUUUGCCACCACAUCCCCCCUCAGUGGCGCCCCGUGUCCCCCGACGAGCCACCCGCUCCUCACCAUCACCACCCUCAUGCUCACACUGCUCUUCUUCAGCCAUGUUUGAGCGAUGGAAGGAGAAGCCAUGACUGACUUUCUUUUUCUUUUUGGUUUGAACUGUAGAGGCAGCAUGUUGUAGAAAGGGCUGAACUUUUUUUUUUUUUUAAGUCAACAUGCCGUAGUAAAAAAGCACUCGCUCUUAAACAAAGCAUGGAAUGGUAGUGAAAGUUGUUGUUGUUAUCAUUGCUUUAAACUUACCUCUUACCAAUGAAGUGUUAUGAUUCUUUUUAACUCUGACCAUUUUCCUUUUCAAACUGAACACCUUUUCAGACUACACGUCAUGUAGUCUUUUUUGUAGUACUCAGUAGAACGUAGCUUCUUUUCCCUGCUCCUGUUCAUCUGUAUAGUGACAGGGGUUAAACUGAUGCCCUUCACAUUUUCCUCAGCAUGUAUGGACCUGCCUAUGGGGAUGGUGUGCAGGGUUGGGGGGUUGGGGGGGGGGACUCCUGCAUUUUACAGUGGCGAGGAAUUAAAAUGUAAUGGGAGGAUACAGUAUGUUUAAAGUGGAAAUGUUUGAUUAUUGUGUUUAAGUCAUUUAGUCUGUCUUAUGGUUGAUAUACUGUAUGUACAUAUAAUAUAUAUAGUAUUUAUUUUUGUAUAACGUGUUGACGUUAGGUGAGCCGUGUAAAAUGUUUUGCCUCUAGGUCACAGCAUGCAAUAUAGGAGAGUAGGCAGCUCUUAUUUUCCAGGUGGAACAGAUAACAUCCUCUUAUUACUUUUUUAUCAAAUGGGACAGUGUAUUUUUAGUGGAGCGACAAAAAAGCACUUAGUUUCUUUAAACUAAUAAAUAUAACCAAAAGGGCGUGCACAUUAAAAAUUCCCUUAAACUAUGGCUAUGUUUUGUGUAUUGUGCUUUAAGGUUUGUCUAAAUCAUGGCAUUUAACAUUAUUAUUUUUGAAGAUAUACUGAUUGACCAGUGGUUACACUGGCUUCAAUUCAAGCUGAGGAUGGACAGUCCAAAACAACUGCAUAACAUGAAGGACAUUUACAAUUUUUCAUAAUUUUUGUAGAUUUUGUAUUCUUGUAGAUCACUAGUGUGGAUAAAAAUGAUGUCAGUUUCACGUCCCAUUAUCUGGUUGGUAUCGAAACUUUCAUAUCAUACGUUCAUAUCAACCCACUGAGGCCUGUAUCUCUGUCAGUGGUUUCCGGCUUUAUGUGUUCUCUGUACUGUGACUAUGUUGUGAUUCCCUGUUGGAAGCGUGGCUGGUGAGAAAUCGCUGAGUUUGCAAAUACAGUGUUAUUGUUCGCCCGGCUCCAUGAAUUGUUUAGGCUGAGUGCCUUGGAGUUGGAGCCUGUGAAUCGUUUCCUUAAUCUCUCUUGGCCUGUCCUGUUGCUAAUUGUUUAGUGUAGUCUGAACCAAACGCAAAAAGUCGACAUAAAAAGUCGGAAAACAUAUCAGUCCUGUGCUUCAAGCAUUUCUUAAAUGUACUUGUACUUGUAAACUGGAACAUUACUUUUGGACUUUGUGUUAACUUAAGGGCUAUCCAAUAAUUCUGUCAUGUCUUUUUUAACUCAGGCAAUAACAAAUUCCUUAAUACUACAGUGUAGGGUGAAAAUAUAAACAUGUUUUUUGUUGUAACAGCAGAGAAACAUACUCGGAUGGCCUUUUUUUCUGAAACUACCACAGUGCUGAGAAAGCCCAAGUGCAUGAUAAUGCUUUGUGUUGCUAUUGAGUGUUGCAUGCCAGUGUGCCAAAUGUUAAAGAGCAUGUAAAUAUUGAUUUUGUCUUUGUCAUACCCCUGUAAAUACUUGUGUAUAUAUAAAUAUUUUGGAAGCAUUUUCUAACUUCAUAUUAAAGAUGAAGACAUGGCAUUUUAACUUAA